ACCUUUUGACAUCCGCUAACCAGAAGGAAAACAUUACGUGGCCGAAAGAGAGACAGCGAAACCGAUUAUGUGAAUUUAUGUGUUUUUUAUGUGAUUUUUGUCAUUUAUCUUGAUCGUGUUGUCACAAGCAAGAGUUUCGACCAGAGCAGCAUGGAGGGAUGGUAACACUUAUUCUCCCCAUCUGUAAUAUCCCUUUUUUGAAAGAGAGCACCAUAAGAUGACGCGACUGAAGGCAUGGUGGGCGGUCCUCCUGGUGACCCUUGCUUGUGUAGUGCUGGUGUCAGCAGAAACAACACCAACAACGCUAAGUAAUGCUGAUGACCAGGAACAAGGUGAAGUUGAGAAGAAUCUAGAGUCAACAGAAGCUGUAAACAGUGAAGGAGAUAGUGCCAGCAGAGAAGAGGGUGCAGAAGAGAAAGAUGGAGAGACCGCAGCUGAUAAGGAACCCAAAAAGCCUUUGACACCAAAGGAAAUCAGAGCAAAUGAGUUGUAUGAUGCAGCUAUGGCCAUCUUGAACCAGACGAAGCAGGACGAGAAGCAUGCCUAUACAUUCUUGCAGUCGGCAGCAGAGUUGGGGCAUACAGAGGCCCUGCAGAAGGUGGCCUGGGCACGCCUGCUGGGGAAGCACCUCAAGCAGAACAUCACACAAGCUGUAGAAAUCUUUGAAAGCUUAGCCAUGCAAGGCAAUGCUGAUGCUCAAAUGGGAUUGGGCUUCAUGUAUGCCACAGGAAUUGGGAAGAAUUCCAGCCAGGCAAAAGCACUGGUGUAUUACACAUUUGGUGCUCUGGGUGGCAGCCAAUGGGCACAGAUGGCCUUGGCCUACAGAUACUGGUCAGGCAUUAGUGUAGCUUCAAACUGCGAGACAGCCCUUACCUAUUACAGGAAGGUUUCACAUACAGUUGCAGACGAGGUUUCCUUGACCAGAAAUCGUGUGGUGCAGAGAGUGCGUCUAUUGGAUGAAGUUGACAGCCCAGGAUCCCUGUCUACGCCCUUGGAUGACGAUCUCAUUCAAUACUAUCAGUUUCUUGCUGAGAAAGGAGAUGUACAGGCUCAGGUGGGUUUGGGUCAGCUUCAUUACCAAGGCGGACGAGGGGUGGAACAGGACCACCAGCGAGCACUUAACUACUUCGUACAAGCUGCAGAGGCAGGCAAUGCAAAUGCUAUGGCAUUUCUUGGCAAGAUGUACCUGGACGGUAGCUCUGUCGUGAAGCAGAGUAACGAAACUGCUCUGAAGUACUUCAAGCGUGCAGCAGAUCAAAAUAAUGCUGUUGGACAGAGUGGUCUUGGUUUGAUGUACCUCCAUGGUUGUGGGGUUCCUCAAGACUACCAGCUAGCACUCAAGUACUUCACUUCAGCUGCAGAGCAAGGAUGGGUGGAUGGCCAGCUGCAACUUGGCAACAUGUACUUCAGUGGAAUGGGUGUUCGGAGGGACUACAAGAUGGCCAUUAAGUACUUCAACUUAGCCUCCCAGUCUGGUCAUGUUUUGGCCUUCUACAACCUAGCCCUCAUGCAAGCCUCAGGCACGGGGAUGGUCCGUUCAUGCCACACUAGUGUUGAGCUAUUUAAAAAUGUUGCCGAGAGAGGAAAGUGGGGCGAGAUGCUGAUGGAAGCUCAUUCAGCGUACUGGGAUUCUCGACACACACAAGCACUUGUGACAUACAUGCUACUCGCUGAGCUAGGCUAUGAAGUUGCUCAGAGCAAUGCCGCCUUUCUUCUUGAUAGACAUGAAACGGAACUUUUCAAGAGAGAAGAGAGCUUAGCCAGAGCACUCAUGUACUGGGGCCGUGCAGCAUCACAAGGCUAUGCAGUUGCAAGAGUGAAACUGGGUGAUUAUCACUACUAUGGCUACGGAACAUCAGUGGACUAUGAGACAGCCGCUGCCCACUACAGGCUGGCUUCAGAGCAACAGCACAAUGCUCAGGCUAUGUUUAACUUGGGAUACAUGCAUGAGCAAGGGCUUGGUUUGAAACAGGACAUGCACCUCGCCAAACGUUUCUAUGACAUGGCUGCAGAAGCAAGUGCUGAUGCACAGGUGCCUGUAGCUCUGGCAUUGGCCAAGCUAGCACUGCUUUUUACCUUCAAGUAUUUGGAAGAUUUUAAAUGGACGCAAUUGAGCAAGGGCAGCAUAGAAGAGUUCCUCGGCCCAGACUGGGACAUCUACCUCAUGGCAGUCCUCUCUGUCAUCAUCGCCAUGCUUAUUCUCUUCAGAAGGCCUCCCCCACCAUUGGCCAUGUAAACACCAUCUUCAGUUGCGUCGUUUAAAGCGAUGGGAACGCUGAAUCCAAAGCCAAAGGGAUGAAGAGUCUGGAAAUUCCGUUUGGUAAUCUUCAUCCACAUUUUAAGUGUGCUACUGGCUCAAGCUUUUGGUUGACUGGUCUAGGGCUCAAGGAGGAGAUCCAGUCCCAGUUUGUCGUAUUCCGAAUGAUUUUGUGCAAUAAAGUCAUCAGGCAAAAUUGACGUUUCCUGGUCAAGGAAGAUGGCACCACUUCCUUGAUUUGAAGGUUGACUGAACAUUGCUAUUAAAAUGGAUCUUCAACUUUUUUUAUUUUCAUUUUUAUAAAGAUUUGGGUGGUUAUUGGUUGUAAUGAUACAUUUUUUUCUUUUGUAAUCUUGCAUUAGUGGAGGAUAGCAUGAAUGUUGUCCAGAAGAUGUAAACUUUCAAGAAAAGAAAAAAAAAAAAGUUG